AUGGCGCUUCCAUCCAACAUAGACUUUGCCGUUCAAGCGACCGACGGGCUUCCCACCCUUCUCAUCUCCGAAGCGUCCAAAUCAUAUCCCAAGCCAGAUGGCAUCAAAUUCACAUAUGGCACCGCCGGUGUCCGAACAAAGUAAGUCACAAGCCUCUCUCCGGGCCAGUUCCCCGGUUUCGCACUAAUUGCGUCAACUUGAUGUCCCCCAUUUCGUGCUCGCAGAGGAGAUGUACUAGAAAGCACUUGUUUCAGAUUGGCACUCAUCAGCGCACUCAGAAGCAAGCGAAUGGGCGGCAAAGUCGUCGGUAUGAUGGUCACUGCAUCCCACAAUCCCGAACCAGUGAGCAUGCAAGCAAAAAUUGCACUCUGGAGUCGUUGAAUUGCUCACCAAGUUCAUCGCUCUUCCACCCAGGACAAUGGACUCAAAGCUGUGGAUCCACGAGGAGAGAUGCUGGCUUCGAAUUGGGAGCCAUACUGCACAGAAGCAGCGAAUGCUCUGACGGACGAAGAGCUAUUUGCAGUGCUGCAAAGGCUGAUCAAGGCGGACAGUAUCAACUUGCAGACUCCGGCAGUCGUCGUUUAUGCUCACGAUACGCGCCCUUCGAGCCCCAAGCUCGUCAAAGCCAUCGAAGCGGGUCUGGCCGCGACAGGUGCAGAGGGACGUAACGGAGGUCUGCUGACUACUCCCCAACUGCACUACCUUGUCAAGGCCUACAAUACUCAAAGCACUCCUGAUCCGUACGGAGAGCCCACGGAGGAAGGGUACUACAAAAAGCUUGCAGAUGCCUUCCAGAGGGCCGUCGUGAGUGCUCGUCGUCCAUACUGACGUCGAAUUUGCGCGGACUGCUAAGCCUGUGUUUGAUCCAUUGUGUAGGCCGACAAGCCAGCUACCUCUCCCCUUACUGUCGACUGUGCCAACGGUGUGGGUGCGAUCUCUUUGCAGCGUUUUCAAAAAUACUUGCCUGCGUCGGCAUUGCAGGUGCGAGCUCUUCGCACAUCCAUCGAUACGGCCGGAGCGCUCAACAACGGCUGUGGAGCAGACCAUGUCAAGACGAAGCAGGCGCUGCCUUCUGGUUUCGAAAAAGAGGUCUCCGAGGGGGAGCGUCUGUGCAGCUUUGAUGGCGAUGCGGACCGCAUUGUGUACUACUACUUGAAUGGGCAUGCUUCGCAGAAGGAGAGCUUCAGGUUAUUGGAUGGCGAUAGGAUCGCUGCUCUCGUGGCCGAUUACAUCAGCGAACUAGUCAAGCGAGCGGGAAUCGCCGAUGAGAUCAAGAUUGGAUGCGUGCAGACCGCUUACGCGAAUGGAGGUUCGACAAAGUACUUGUCCCAGGUGAGCAGAACUGAAAGGACUGUCCACGAUGUUGCUGUUGCUGAUGGCGAACAUGCAUCUGCGUCUUUUCUCCUCUUCGCCAGCGCGUGCCGGUCGUUUGCACCUCUACGGGAGUCAAGCAUCUGCAUCACGCCGCCGAGUCAUUCGACGUGGGCGUCUACUUUGAAGCGAAUGGGCACGGCACCGUGCUGUUCUCCGACUCUGCCCAGUCACUGAUUCGCGGCAAGAUCUCCUCCAGCUCUCCUCAAGGUGAUAGUCAGGCCGCGUUGUCUCAAUUAUCCAAUCUGAUCGAUCUGAUCAAUCAAACGGUGGGGGAUGCGCUGUCGGACAUGCUGCUGGUAGAGGUGGUGCUGCGUCAAAGAGACUGGGAACCUGCGCAUUGGGACAGUCUGUACACCGACCUGCCAAACAAGCUGCUCAAGGUCAUCGUGCCAGAUCGCGCGCUCUUCACCACGACGGAUGCGGAUAGGAAACUCGUCACGCCAGAUGGGCUGCAGCAAGAGAUCGACAAGCUGGUGGGCAAGUAUUUGGAGGGGAGAAGCUUUGUCAGACCUAGCGGAACGGAGGAUUGCGUGAGGGUGUAUGCGGAAGCGAGAAUCCAGCAGGAGAUGGAGGAACUGGCGCACAAGGUCGCGAAACUUGUUACGGAUGCUGCAAAGAAUGCUUGA